UUGAAUCUGAGCACACACAAUAAUCUACCUAUCCUAUAUAAAUAGUUAGACACAUAACCUUCACAACAUACAUUCACUUCACUUCCAAUCUAAGCUCUCAUACCAUCGGCUUUUCAAAGAUGCCGACCAUCGCAGCCGUCCGUCGUUCGCCACGUGUCUCCGGUGAGACCACAGUUGUCGCCGAUCAAAUAGUCUCCAGUCCUCAAAAACGAAGACUCAGAUCUAAUCCAACUAGUGAGGACAGUUUAGUAACUUCAUCUUUAACUUCGUCUCCGUGCAAAUGGAAAUCGCCACGACGACGUGUCAAUGACAGCCCUAAAACUCCUCCAAAUGCGAAUCGGGGAGAUAAAGCAGUUAUUAUGAGCAAAUCACCAGUUAAAAGGAGAUUAUCAGAAAGUUUUCUAGAGAAGCCUACGUGGAAUCCAAGAGAUAUGGAGCAGUUAAAUGCAGUGAAACAGGCAUUGCAUGUGUCUAGGGCUCCAUCAAAGCUGGUGUGUCGAGAAGUUGAGCAGAAUAGAGUUCUGGAGUUUUGUAAGCAAGCUGUGGAACAAGAGAAGGCUGGAAGUUUGUAUAUGUGUGGCUGCCCAGGGACUGGAAAGUCUCUAUCAAUGGAGAAGGUCAACCAGGUCCUUGUUAAUUGGGCACAAGAGUCUGGUUUUCAGGCUCCAGACACAUUAUCCCUCAAUUGCAGUUCUCUGUCAAAGACAUCUGACAUUUUCAGCAAGAUACUUGAUAAAAUUCAACCACGGAGUCGCACAUCACCAUUGCAGUAUCUUCAGAAAAUGUUUUCUGAGAAGCAGCAGACAGCAGUCACGAAGAUGCUGUUAAUAGUUGCUGAUGAGUUGGAUUAUUUAAUCACAAAAGACAAAGCCGUGCUUCAUGAUCUGUUCAUGCUGACAACGUUACCUUUCUCCAGAUUUGUUCUGAUAGGAAUUGCUAAUGCAAUAGACCUAGCAGAUAAAUUUCUUCCAAAGCUACAAUCCUUGAACUGCAAGCCAGCAGUUAUAACAUUUCGUGCCUAUUCUAAGGACCAGAUCAUCUCCAUUCUUCAGCAAAGAUUAAACGCAUUUCCUUACACAGUCUUCCAGCCUCAAGCAUUGGAACUAUGUGCAAGGAAAGUUGCUUCCGCGUCUGGAGAUAUGAGGAAGGCUCUAUGGAUAUGCAGGAGUGCUAUUGAGAUGUUAGAAGCUGAAAUAAGAGAUUCUAUCAACAGCCUUGAUUUACCAUCGUUACACGGGGGAGUUUCUGAUCAACCGAGAGAUGGUGCUUAUGAUAAAUCACUUAUACACGAAAGCAAUGUUGUCAGGGUUGAUCAUGUGGCUAUUGCUUUAUCAAAGGCAUAUAGAUCGCCAGUGGUGGAUACUAUACAAGCACUUCCACAACAUCAACAGAUUAUACUUUGCUCUGCCGUCAAGCUAUUCAGGGGGAAAAAGAAGGAUGCGACUAUAGGCGAGCUGAACAUCUCUUACCUUGAUGUCUGUAAAUCAACUUUAAUACCACCAGUGGGGAUCAUGGAGCUGUCAAGCAUGUGUAGAGUGCUAGGAGACCAGGGGAUUCUAAAAGUAGGAAAGGCUCGAGAAGAAAAAUUAUGUAGAGUAACUUUAAAGGUAGAUGAAGCAGACGUCACCUUUGCAUUGCAGGGAAUACGCUUCUUUCGAAAUUGUCUUCAGCAAUCUUGACGAUUGACUUAGUAAAAGAUUGUGAUUCUUUAUUAUUUAUUCUGUUGCUAAACAAAUAGCCAAUUUAUGGUCCACAAUAGAGGGCAUCAAACCUGGUCAAAGUGGCUAUAAUUUAUGGACGAAUGGAAGAGGAACAUCUGGAUUCCAUUAAACAUUGGAAUUUUCUAUGGCCCCCUUAUCAUACUUUUAGUUCUCAAAUGUUACUGAAGUUGAAUGACAAAAUAGUUACAUUAUAGGAAGAGAAAUAGCAACUAAGAGUUGUCGAUAUACACGGCAUUGAAUAUCUAUCAAUUUCAAGAAUUUCUGGAUUUUUUUUUGACAUGUAAACUUUAUUGUAUUAUAUUACCAAAAGCUGAUUCUCAUUUUCAAGAAUCCCUGAAAAAAAAAGAUCAGAUGAAAA